AUGACGGGGGGUCUGGGACCCCACGUUCUAUAUGCUAAUCCAGACUGUACUGUGUUUGUCCUCGAUCUUCCAUAUUCGAUUGCUCAGGCACAGGAAUUGUGCGUCAAGACCAUCCGGGCCCAGGAGUUCUCUCCAGCAACAGGCUCUGUCGAGCUCGCAAAGGGAAUAGCAGGGUACCCUCUGUCCAAAUCGGCGUUGGAAGAAUCCCAUCCGUCCCCGUCAGAGCCCAAGUCAGAAGCGGCACGUCAAAGAUUGCUCGCAAGGAUUCCACCCACGGAAUUAGAAACUCAUGAAUAUCAGACAACUAUCAUAGAGCCGCGAGUGCAAGUAUCAUUGGAUAGCAUUUACUCGGAGUAUGGCGUCAACUCCGAGGAUCGGUCGAGAUCUCCCAAAUGGAUUCUCCCACGGUUAAUCUUUGACGAUAUGCCAGAGAAUGAGCAACUCGACACGGGGGCAUACAGGCUCUUUUCUCGUCAUAGGAAUGGAGUCCCGCCAACCAUCCUAUCAUCGAGCGGCACGACCAGGUUUAAUUCGAUAUUCGACCUUACGGGCGUUGUGAAGAACCCAUUCACUGAAGCUGUCAAGUUAUUCAUUGAUGGUGAUCAAGAUCGUCAGGAGCCUAGUGCGCUUCGCGACUAUCGGUUUAAUCUCAUUCUCAUGGAUCCUCCGUGGCCAAACCGCUCUGUCCGUCGGAGUCAAGCAUAUCAGGUCGCAGCAUAUACCGACAUAGAAGCCUUGAAACAGCGACUUAAAGAUAUUCUACAAGCUCAUGCCUGCCAGGCGCCGGCUCGGCAGUCCAUGCCUGUCCAUGGACCACAACCGAUUGUGUCUAUACCGAGCAAUCAACCCUCACAAGAAUCCUUCGCAGCGAUCUGGAUCACCGGCUCGCACAAGACACGAGCCGUAGCCUACGAAACCCUCCGCAGCUCAGGCUUCAAGCUUCAUGAAGAGUGGAUCUGGGUCAAGAUCACCGCCCACGGCAAACCAGUCGGCCCCGUGGACGGGCUCUGGCGAAAACCAUAUGAGAUCCUUGUGAUUGGUAAGAAAGAUCAGGAGGCCGAGAGAAACCGAGUCUUCCCUGGCAACUGCACCACCCCAGCCCUGGGCAUUGCCGGCGUCGACGUGAGCACUAUUCCCAAACGAGUUAUUGCGGCAGCCCCAGACUUCCACUCCCGCAAACCCAGUCUAAAAUCGCUGUUCGAGCGGUAUCUAUUCGGGUUGGAUCCUGCGGGCCAACAGGCGCCGACCGAGUUCUACUCUGCGCUGGAGGUAUUUGCGCGUCAUUUGACCGCGGGCUGGUGGGCUUGUGGGAAUGAAGUUAUGAAGUUUAAUCAUUGUGAUUACUGGGUGGAGGACAAUGGGUCUGUAUUAUAA